AGACAAGAAUGUUCCUGGGUGUGGACCGCCUUGUAUAAUUAACUGCACAGCUGUGGCUUCUGAUCCCUGGUAACGUCUGUUCCUUUCCUUCCUUCUUUCUCCCUGCCUCUACCUAGCAUUAUCCAGAGCUCAUCUCCUCCUCCUUGCAGGAGCUCCAGGUGCGUCACUUGGGCAGCAGCUUCCCUGCAUUCCCCCGUCAUUCCUCACUGGGACGGCCCAGCAGGCAGGCGCACAGCCACAGCUGCUUCCAGGGGUCGGGGGACAGCACGGGGGGACAGGACAGAGCCGAGGAGCCAAGAAGCCAACCCGCCCUGGUUAGACGAUGGAAACGGGGAGCGCAGCAAGGACAAAUGGCACUGCUGGGAAGCCAGAGGAUGUGAAGAGUCCGUCCGCCCCCAAAAAGGAUGAAGAAGUGAAGAAGACGACGAAUCCUGGCGGAGGCGAGAAAGAGCCAAUAAAGGGCACUGGCGGUACCUCCCUGGAGACCGGACAAAUCAAGAGCUCCCUCUUCUCUGGGAGUGACUGGAAGAGGCCCAUCAUUCAGUUUGUGGAGUCGUCCGAUGAGAAGAGAUCGACCUACUUCAGCAUGGACUCGGCAGACUCCAAGAAGAUGCCAUUUGCCAGCGGACAGAUAGGAGACAUGAGGAGAACCCCACUCUCCUUUGCAGACAAGGGCGACCUCAGGAAGUCCCUCUUCUCCUUGGAUUCCAAAAAGAGCUUCUUGCCCAACGAAGGGGAAGGGAGGAAGCCCUUGUUCUCCAGCGGGCAGAUAGGAGACAUGAAGAAACCAUCCCUGCCUCUGGUGGAGACGGGAGACCUGAGAAGACCCACCUUCAACAAGGUGCCUGACAGAGCAGCUGGCUCACGGCCCAGGGUGAAGCUGGAGGAUGUGCUGUGCGAUUCCUGCAUCGAUAACAAGCAAAAGGCCGUCAAGUCCUGUUUGGUGUGCCAGGCUUCCUUCUGCGAGCUGCACCUCAAGCCUCACCUGGAGGGAGCAGCUUUCCGGGACCAUCAGCUCCUCGACCCCAUCAGGGACUUCGAAGCAAGAAAAUGCCCCGUGCAUGGGAAGACCAUGGAGCUGUUCUGUCAGACAGACCAGAUGUGCAUCUGCUACCUCUGCAUGUUCCAGGAGCAUAAGAACCACAGCACGGUGACGGUGGAGAUCGAGAAAGCAGGGAAAGAGGCUGAGCUCUCGCUGCAGAAGGAGCAACUGCAGCUGAAGAUCAUCGAGGUAGAGGAUGAAGUGGAUAAGUGGCAGAAGGAGAGGGACCGUAUCAAGAACUACACCACCAAUGAGAAAGCAACAGUAGACCAGCAUUUCAAGGAGCUGAUCCGGGACCUGGAGAGGCAGAGGGAUGAAGUGAAGGCUGCCCUGGAUCAGAGGGAAAAGAUUGCAUCGGAGAACGUGAAAGAGAUUGUGGACGAGCUGGAAGAGAGGGCAAAGCUGCUGCGGGAGGACAAGGAGAACAGGGAGCAGAUCCAUCAGAUCAGUGACUCCGUGCUCUUCCUCCAGGAGUUCGGGGCUUUGAUGCGGAAUUACGUCCCCCCUCCCUCCCUCCCGACGUACAGCGUGCUGCUCGAAGGGGAGAGCAUGAGCCCCUCCAUGGGGCUGCUCCGUGAUGACCUCCUCAAUGUCUGCAUGAGGCACGUGGAGAAGAUCUGCAAGGCAGACCUGGGCCGCAACUUCAUCGAGAGGAACCACAUGGAGAAUGGUGACCACCGGUACAUGAUGAACAACUACGAGUGGAACCAGCCCGACAACUUGAAGAGAUUUUCCAUGUUCCUGUCUCCCAAAGCCAGUUUCAAUCCACGGUCAUGGGAAUUUUCCUCCUUCCAAGCGACUGAGGAAACACUUGGUACGGUAGGCAAUGGCACUAAGCUGCCUUUUCAGUUCUCCUCGGUGGGACAGAAUCCGCCCGGUGACUUCAGCAAACAGUCUGAUGGGAGCCUCUUCACUAAGACCGCUUAUCCCUCAAUAGUGAGACAUCAGUCUGCAAAAGUGACGCCACAGACAUGGAAAUCCUCCAAGCAAUCUGUAUUGUCACAUUACCGCCCCUUUUACGUCAACAAAGGCAAUGGAGCCACUUCCAACGAGGCACCUUGAAUCCUGAAGAUGUAGGGAAGAGCUGGCAGCACUUGGAGUGAAGACUCAGCUGCGGAUUUUCAUGGAUGUACCUGCUACUAUAUUAACCUUGCUGCUCUAAUCUCUGCCAGGGAGAGGGAAGGUGCAGAAGGGAAUCGCCUUUUCUAGAGGAAACACGGAUUUUUUCCAAGUCCACUUGAAAGCUCUGCAGGCCUUAACAACGUAACUCCAUCCUCUGCUGUCACCUCCUUACUCCCCCUCUGCCAUCACCCUUCCCUUUGCUCUGCAGAGCUGCUGCUCUGCUUCUCCAGGAAGCAUGCAUGCUUGGCUAGCACCCACCCUUUCCCUUGCUCUGCUGCACUGGUUGCCCUGCUCUCCAAGUGACCAUAGCUAAAUCCUGCUGGAAAAUCCCAAGCAGGUGGGCUCUCCUCCUUGAGACCCUUCCUCUGCUCAGCUCUGCUCCCACAGGGCAGCAAAAACCAGCAACGGGACCUAUGGAGCAGCCCUACUGCAGCCCGAGGCCACUGCUGGCGAAGGGCAGAGAGGCUCUGUAUGGCAUUAAAGAACCCCUCCAGCCACCUUUUCAAAUUAAAAAAUAGAUAGAAAAUCCAUCCUACUAAUGGAAGAUUGAUUAGAUGCUACAGGUACUGCGUGUUUUGUGGGUUGUUUUUUUUUUUUUUUUUUUUCCUUUUGUAAAUUCCCCUAAAACAAAAUUGGUUUAUAUAUUGUGGUCCGGGCAUUUUUCCAGCAAUAGUGCCAUCGUUGUUUGCUCAGGGUAGUGCUUUUAAUUUGUCCCUGGGAUAGAUGAAUCAUAUCAGCACCCAGCCAGCACUCGCUAGCCUUGCUGUGAUCUCCCUGACAUUAUUUCCCUUCCCCUGGGAUGAAGCAGAGGGGUCAGAUCCUCACCAGCCCACCCAUUGGUGGCCCAUUGCAGGGCCAGAGCCCUCCAGCUGCAGAGCAGAGAAACAAGAGCUGACGGCUGCUUUGCACGGUCUGCUCUGCCCAAACGUCUCUGGAACAGCUUCUCCCUGUCUUUCCUACCCCAAAAGCUUGCAGCACCUGGCUGGGACGGCUCUCACCCAUCUCUCCCUGAAAUCCACUGAUUUGCUAAUCCCUGAGCAAUGAUGCUUGCUGCUUCUUAAUCCCAUCCCUCAGACGAAACUGAGGCUGAAAGCUGGCUGCUCCAGAAUACUUGAAUGGCACCCACGUUACACUUACAUUGUUUCUUUCUGAUUAUUUUUUUUUUACUUUUUGUUUUGUUUUGUUUUUAAAUGACCAGAGGGAAAGGAGGAAGCGUGGUGAGGAAGGACAGGAGGAAGGAGAAACUGGGAUAGAGGGUAGAGUCGCUAGGAAAUACACUGUGGGACUUUGAGUAUGUGCAAGAGAAAGGAUAACAGAAGCCCCCAACCCACCCCCUCCCCCCCAAAAAAAAACUCAUUGACCUUUUCCACCCUGAGCAGGCACCUGGUUAUCACUUUGGGUCACUCCCGUUCCAGUGGAAGCUUCCACCUCCUCCUUUCUAUUUUCCAAAACAUGGGCAUGAUUCCCCCCCCCCCCACACACACACACUCCAAAUCUUGGAUGUAAAAGCACCUUCCCUUCUUGCUUGCCCUAAAAAAACUCUGCUGUGGCAACAGCUCAGAUGCCACGUGCCCAUGGGUCCCUAUGGUCCUGAGAACAUAGCAGGCUGGGGGGAGCUGAGCAUCCCCUCCCUCCGCUGCCCCCACUCCAAUCCCAGCCCCAAUCCUUUCCUCCCCUUCCCCUCCUCACUUCCAGGGCCUCGUUCAGAUCUCACACACACACACACACACGAUAAAAUCCAUCAACACAAACAAAGCUGCCCCCCACCCCCUCCAGGUGGGUCCUCCCCCCCCCAUCCUUGCUUCACCCCCAGCCCUGCUUGCAGGGAUGCAGGGGAGGGGGGCACAGCUCCUGCCCCCGCUGGACCUCCUGCUGAGGUGUGUUCUGCAUGAACUCUUUGUGUCGUGUUUGUCUUGAUGAGCAAAGCAAGAGGAAUUCCACCUCCUCAAACAGGACAAGACUACGCUGAUGUAAACCGGGCCCUCCACGUGUGCAACACAUACUGCAGAAAUAAAGGAGAAAGCUCCAUGUCUGACAAAAACCCCUGAA